CGGGUAAGCUAGUCAGUGGCAGCCUGCUCUGUGUACUACCAACAUCUCUCUGGUACUGCCGCUGAGAACAAGAAAUGUUGAUAUCAGCUCGGAGCACUGCCAUACUUCUGGUACUGCUGGCAGCGACGGUGGUGGGGAAAACUCCGGCAAGCCAACAACAGAAGGAGGAUGAAGACCUCACUUUUGACCUCCUUCAGGAGCCCGCAAAAAUCGAUUCUGUUGAGAAUGACCUGGUUCUUGACCUCCUCCUUGACCCCCUAGCGGAUGACUCAGUGGUGGAUGACCCGUUGGUGGAUGGCCCCAUUGAGGAUGACCCCGUAGUGGCUGACCCCGUAGAGGAUGACCCCGUGGAGACAGACUCCUUUGCACCCGCGGAAAGUCAACAGGUUUCCAUAGAAGGGUGCAAGUCCCAGAAGAAACUAAAAGGUGGCAAGAAAGCUAAGGCCAGAUACAAGAGAGACAGGGGCUGUAAGAGUGACAGGGACUGCAAGAGUGACAGGGACUGCAAGAGUGACAAGGGCCAGGAGAGUGAAAAGAGACAGACAAUUGACAACAGGCUUAGGAGUGACGGUAGGAAUAAAAGCUACAAGGUUGACAGAGGCAACAAGGGUGGUAGAAGCAACAAAGUUUACAGAAGCAACAAGGUUGACAGAAGCAACAAGGCUGACAGAAGCAACAAGGUUGACAGAAGCAACAAGGCUGACAGAAGCAACAUGGUUGAUAGAAGCAACGAGGUUGACAGAAUCAACAAGGGUAACAGAAGCAACAAGGUUGACAGAAGCAACAAGGUUGAUAGAAUCAACAAGGGUAACAGAGGCAACAGGGUUGACAGAAGCAACAAGGCUGACAGAAGCAACAAGGGUAACAGAAGCAACAGGGUUGACAGAAUCAACAAGGGUAACAGAAGCAACAAGGCUGACAGAAGCAACAAGGCUGACAGAAUCAACAAGGGUAACAGAAGCAACAGGGUUGACAGAAUCAACAAGGGUAACAGAAGCAACAAGGUUGAUAGAAACAACAAGGUUGACAGAAUCAACAAGGUUGACAGAAGCAAUAAGGUUGACAGAAUCAACAAGGUUGACAGAAGCAACAAGGUUGACAGAAUCAACAAGGUUGACAGAAGCAACAAGGUUGACAGAAUCAACAAGGGUGACAGAAGCAACAAGGUUGACAGAAUCAACAAGGGUGACAGAAGCAACAAGGUUGACAGAAUCAACAAAGGUAACAGAAGCAACAAGGUUGACAGAAUCAACAAGGGUAACAGAAGCAACAAGGUUGACAGAAUCAACAAGGGUAACAGAAGCAACAAGGUUGACAGAAUCAACAAGGUUGACAGAAGCAACAAGGUUGAUAGAAGCAACAAGGUUGACAGAAGCAACAAGGUUGACAGAAUCAACAAGGAUAACAGAAGCAACAAGGUUGACAGAAGCAACAAGGUUGACAGAAGCAACAAGGUUGAUAGAAGCAACAAGGUUGACAGAAGCAACAAGGGUAACAGAAGCAACAAGAUUGACAGAAGCAACAAGGUUGACAGAAGCAACAAGGUUGAUAGAAGCAACAAGGUUGACAGAAGCAACAAGGUUGACAGAAGCAACAAGGUUGAUAGAAGCAACAAGGUUGACAGAAUCAACAAGGUUGACAGAAGCAACAAGGUUGACAGAAUCAACAAGGGUAACAGAAGCAUCAAGGUUGACAGAAGCAACAAGGUUGACAGAAGCAACAAGGCUGAUAGAAGCAACAAGGUUGACAGAAUCAACAAGGUUGACAGAAUCAACAAAGGUAACAGAAGCAACAAGGUUGACAGAAGCAACAAGGGUAACAGAAGCAACAAGGUUGACAGAAGCAACAAGGGUAACAGAAACAACAAGGUUGACAGAAGCAACAAGGGUAACAGAAGCAACAAGGUUGACAGAAGCAACAAGGUUGACAGAAGCAACAAGGUUGAUAGAAGCAACAAGGUUGACAGAAUCAACAAGGUUGACAGAAGCAACAAGGUUGAUAGAAGCAACAAGGUUGACAGAAGCAACAAGGUUGAUAGAAGCAACAAGGUUGACAGAAUCAACAAGGUUGACAGAAGCAACAAGGUUGACAGAAGCAACAAGGUUGAUAGAAGCAACAAGGUUGACAGAAUCAACAAGGUUGACAGAAGCAACAAGGUUGACAGAAGCAACAAGGUUGAUAGAAGCAACAAGGUUGACAGAAGCAACAAGGUUGACAGAAGCAACAAGGGUAACAGAAGCAACAAGGUUGACAGAAGCAACAAGGUUGACAGAAGCAACAAGGGUAACAGAAGCAACAAGGUUGACAGAAGGAACAAGGGUAACAGAAGCAACAAGGUUGACAGAAGCAACAAGGUUGACAGAAUUAACAAGGCUGACAGAAGCAACAGGGUUGAUAGAAGCAACAAGGUUGACAGAAGCAACAAGGUUGACAGAAUCAACAAGAGUAACAGAAGCAACAAGGUUGACAGAAUCAACAAGGUUGACAGAAUCAACAAGGGCAACAGAAUCAACAAGGUUGACAGAAUCAACAAGGGCAACAGAAGCAACAAGGUUGACAGAAGCAACAAGGGUAACAGAAGCAACAAGGUUGACAGAAGCAACAAGGGCAACAGAAGCAACAAGGGCAACAGAAUCAACAAGGUUGACAGAAUCAACAAGGGUAACAGAAGCAACAAGGUUGACAGAAGCAACAAGGGUAACAGAAGCAACAAGGUUGACAGAAGCAACAAAGGUAACAGAAGCAACAAGGUUGACAGAAGCAACAAGGUUGACAGAAGCAACAAGGUUGACAGAAGCAACAAGGUUGACAGAAGCAACAAGGUUGACAGAAGCAACAAGGGUAACAGAAGCAACAAGGUUGACAGAAGCAACAAGGUUGACAGAAGCAACAAGGUUGACAGAAGCAACAAGGUUGACAGAAGCAACAAGGUUGACAGAAGCAACAAGGUUGACAGAAGCAACAAGGUUGACAGAAGCAACAAGGGUAACAGAAGCAACAAGGUUGACAGAAGCAACAAUGGUAACAGAAGCAACAAGGUUGACAGAAGCAACAAGGUUGACAGAAGCAACAAAGUUAACAGGAGCCACAAAGCUGAGAGGAGCCACGAGGCUGACAAGAACCAGCAGAGUGACUGGAGAAGCCACUACAGUCCCCAGAGAGAGACUCACCUCAAGGUAAGUUGUCUUACUCACUUCUUACUGUCAACCACUUCCAAGCAACAGGUUUUACGAUUUACAUAACACACAAGAUAGUUU